AGACAGAGCAGAGGGGGCAGUUGGAAUAGGGAGCGACUGAGGAUUGUCCCCUCCCAACCUCAUCAGAAACAGAAGCUGCUGGGCUGUUUCCAUCUCGAUCGGCUCCCACCACCGCCCUGAUGAUCCUGUCUCUGUGCCUCUUGCUGCCCGCGCUGAGUCCCAGCAGCCAGGAGAUCUGCUCAGCUCCCGGCACUCUCACUGCUCCCACCCUCUACCUGAGCCAGACGUCCGCCCAGCCAGGGGACUCUGUGCAGCUCCAGUGCUUCAUGUUGUCCCAGUUCGUGGCCACCCGCAUCAUCUUCUGCAAGGAGGGGGAGGAGGUUUCAUCUCAGCGGGGUACAGAGAAGUCCACCUACGACUACGACCAUGGGGUGUCCAGAGACAGCUCUGGGAAUUACACCUGUGGGUAUGAGAUCAAGGACAGUAACAACCAGGUGACCAGAUCCCAGCUCAGCCCUGCCCAGCGCCUAAGCGUCACCGGGCUGGAUCUAACGCUCCCGUUGGGAAUUACAAUCCCUGCCAUCCUGGUUCUGGCUGUGGUGCUUUAUCUGCUGGGAAAGAAAGUUGUGUCUCUACCAAGGGAUCAAAGGGAACAAGUCCAGCAUGACACCAGCAACACUCCUGCAGAUAAUAUUGAAUAUGCCUCCGUGAAUUGGAUGGGAAGCACCAGGCAUCCACGGCCCCAGAGAGAAGAGACACCGACAUACGCGACCAUCGCUCUGCAGCGGGACAGAUGUCAUUAAUGCUCCACUUGCUGAAAUGCAGGACUCGUCAUUGUGCAGCUGCAUCACAGAACCUCCAAAGGGGCCGUGCAGCAAAGAAGUGGGGGACCUUCUCUGGGACCACAGCAGGAGAAUGCACAGCGCCCAAAGUACUGUAGGACACUGGAAUAUUCUUAGGGCAAAUGUUACUUGUUUUCCAUCUGGAAAAAAAGUUUCUUCUGAAUAAAAUUGGGAAAAGUACCCAAACUCUGUAUUCCUGCCCCCAACUCU